AUGGGCAACACUACCAGUGCGGUGUUGGACAAUAUUGUCCAGGGGUCCAACUUCGACAGAGAAGAGGUUGACCGUCUAAGGAAACGUUUCAUGAAGCUUGAUAAGGAUAAUUCUGGCACGAUCGAGCGUGAUGAGUUCCUCAGCCUCCCGCAAAUCUCAUCCAACCCACUAGCAACAAGAAUGAUUGCUAUCUUUGACGAAGACGGCGGCGGUGAUGUUGACUUUCAGGAAUUCGUGUCAGGUCUCAGUGCCUUUUCGAGCAAGGGCAACAAAGAACAGAAGCUCCGUUUUGCAUUUAAGGUGUACGACAUUGAUCGCGACGGCUAUAUCAGCAACGGCGAGCUGUUCAUUGUGCUCAAGAUGAUGGUGGGAAGCAACCUCAAGGAUCAACAACUUCAACAGAUUGUCGACAAGACUAUCAUGGAGGCGGACCUGGACAAGGAUGGCAAGAUCAGCUUCGAGGAAUUUACGAAGAUGGUGGAGAACACGGACGUGAGCAUGAGCAUGACUUUGGACACAUUCUAG